AUGUAUGGAACGGAACAGCCUCAGGAAUGUGUGGAACAGGCUCAGGAUUGUAUGGAGCAGUCUAAGGAAUGUAUGGAACGGAACAGCCUCAGGAAUGUGUGGAACAGGCUCAGGAAUGUAUGGAACAGGCUCAGGAAUGUAUGGAACGGAACAGCCUCAGGAAUGUAUGGAACAGGCUCAGGAUUGUAUGGAACAGGCUCAGGAAUGUAUGGAACAGGCUCAGGAAUGUAUGGAACGGAACAGCCUCAGGAAUGUAUGGAACAGGCUCAGGAUUGUAUGGAGCAGCCUAAGGAAUGUAUGGAACGGAACAGCCUCAGGGAUGUAUCGAACAGCCUCAUGAAUGUAUGGAACAGGCUUAGGAAUGUAUGGAACGGAACAGCCUCUGGAAUGUAUGGAACGGAACAGCCUCAGGAAUGUAUGGAACAGGCUCAGGAUUGUAUGGAACAGGCUCAGGAAUGUAUGGAACAGCCUCAGGAAUGUAUGGAACAGCCUCAUGAAUGUAUGGAACAGGCUCAGGAAUGUAUGGAACAGCCUCAGGAAUGUAUGGAACAACCUGAGGAAUGUAUGGAACAGCCUGAGGAAUGUAUGGAGAUGUGUGGAUCCUAUCUGCAGUACAAUAGUGUAGCUUCGUUGUUUGUUCUCCACAGGUACCUGGCGUCCUCGCAGUUGCAGCCCACAGAUACCCGCCGAGUCUUCCCGUGUUUUGACGAACCCGAUUUCAAGGCGAUAUUCAAGAUCACGAUCAUUCAUCAACCAGGUUAUCAGGCGCUGGGUAACAUGCCGUUGUAUCGCUCCUCCGUGCUCAGUAACGGAUGGCUGAGGAAAGAGUUCGAGCCUACACCCAUCAUGUCCACCUACAUCCUUGCGUUCGUCGUCGCAGACUUCAAAUCCAGAAAUUACAGUUUUAACAGUGGCUACCAGCUCCGUAUUUGGGCCCAGCCUGAUGCCUACUCACAGACUAAACACGCCCUGGACUUCGGCGUGAAAACGUACAACUUCUUCACUGAGUACUUCAACACGUCGGAUGUAGUACCUAAGGCGGAUCACGUGGCGGUUCCUGACUUCAGUGGAGGCGCUAUGGAGAACUGGGGACUGGUCAUCUACCGCGAGACGGCGCUGCUCUACGACCCCUAUGUUUCCUCCAGCUCCAACAAGUACAUGGUGACACUCAUCAUGGCACACGAGAUCGCACACACGUGGUUCGGAAACAUGGUGACGAUGAAAUGGUGGGAUGACCUGUGGCUGAACGAAGGGUUUGCCAGCCUCCUCAUGUACUUCGCCAUGGACAACGCCUACCCAGAGUGGAACGUCUUUGCCAUUCAAGUGGUGGAAUACAUGUUUCCAGCCAUGGUUAAAGACGCUCUAGUGACGUCACAUCCUGUUUCGGCGGAUAUCGAAGAUCCAGACGAUGUUCAACAGUCCUUUGACAUCAUUUCUUACAAUAAGGGCAUGGCUGUUUUGAGGAUGCUGCAAGGUUUCAUUGGCUGGAAAAGUUUCAAGGAAGGAUUACAGCUGUACGUCCGCAGAUAUAAGUUCCAGAACGCCGACCGGGAUGAACUUUGGCAGACAUUUACAGAGACUGUCAACAACACGUACAUUGUUAAGAAGAUCAUGGACACUUGGACAAGGCAGACCGGAUAUCCGGUUGUAAACGUGCGCACAGUCAACAACUCUUUCAUCCUUGAGCAGGAGAGAUUCUUGCUGAACCAAGAGGAGGCGGAUCCGUUGGACGAUAACCCCUUUGGGUACCGGUGGUACAUCCCCUUCACCUACAUCAUCCAGUACGACAGAAAUGUCCGGAAGGUCUGGCUCAAUCUGGAGGCAGCCACAAUUAACCGGACUGAAGGCUGGGUGCUGGGCAAUGUUGACUACAUGGGAUUCUUCCGCGUCAACUACGAGAAGGACAUGUGGAUGAGACUAGGAGAUCAGCUGCUGUACAACCACACCGUGUUCUCAGAGGCCAACAGAGCGGGUUUGAUCGGGGAUGCCUUCGCCCUCGCCAGAGCCAACUUGUUGGACUACGACAUUGCUCUUAACCUCACCCGCUACCUCAAGAACGAACUGAAUUACGUCCCCUGGCGAGCUUUUGUGGACUCCAUUGAGUUCCUGCGAGGCAUGAUUGCGACCAAGGAGGCGUACGUCUACCUACAACAAUACCUGCGAGACCUCGUCACACCCGUGUACAACACAGCCACAUACGUCAAAGGAUCACUGCCGGACAAGUACCUCCACCGUAUCAUCCUAGGAAUGGCUUGUGACGUGGGCGUGGGGAACGCCGUCAAAUAUGCCAAGUCUACAUUCAAUGCCUGGAAGACGUACAAUACAGUCCUCGCCGCUGACCUGUCCGUGCUCAUCUACUCCGUUGGGAUCCGUGAGGGCGGGACGGACGAGUGGGACUUCGUGUGGGAGAAGGCGCAGUCCACAUCGGUGGCAUCUGAGAGACAAAUAAUGAUGGAAGCCCUUGCACAGACACAGAAGCCAUGGCUGCUUUGGAGGUACGCUAACUGGGUGUUUGAUCCGAGCAAGAUCAAGAAGCAGGAUGUCCGUGUUGUGAUGACCUACUUCACAAAGACACCUCUGGCUCGCUCUGUGGCGCUGGAGUUCUUCAUGACCAGGUGGAAGGACCUUGUCAACAGAUUUGGUCACGAUCCGUUUUUAUUGCCCGAAGUGAUCCCGACUGUGACGUCAUUUGUUAACUCCGAGUUCCAUCUACGUCAGUUGGAGACCAUAUUCAAAGAAACCCCACCUAAGACAGCAUCUAAAGCCGCGGAAAACGCCCUGGCACUAACGAGAUCCAAUAUCAAAUGGAUGGAGACGUAUUAUGAGAAGAUUGCUGUUUGGCUGAAGGACAACGUGACGUAGUAGUCACGUGACAAGACGACGCAGCGCCCGGCGGGAAGUGCUCCCAGGCGCUCUUUAUAUUCUGUGUCUGUGUGUCAUUUGUUGGUAUUUCUCUAUAUCGUAGCGAUGGGCCAUUGUCCGACUUGUCUUACUCUCCAUUGAUGUCAUUCUUUAUCAUUCUCAAAUAAAUCGUUUAUCUCUUUCUAUGCUC